AUGGAGAAGGGGGAGGCGGCGAAGGUGGUGAGGUCGAAGCGGGGGACUGUGAAGCGGGUGGUCUACGGAGACGAGGAGGGGCGGCAUCGGGUGGAGAAGGUGGCGUUGCCGGAGACGCGCCACCCGGAUACCCUUCGGUACAUGGAGCGGAAGCUGAGCGAGAGGGGGAUGUACCGCAUGGAGCGGCACCCCGUCGACGGCCUCACUCUCAAGGGCAGCCCCCCCAAGUCCGGGCGCGGCGGCAAGUACACCUGGGAGGGACCCGACGACGUCGUCCACUCACAGCUCGAUCCGGGUCCCGCGGCGAUCGACGAGGGCGACCCAAAUUACGAGCCCCUCACCGGCGAGGGGGAUGAGGGCCAGCAGGCGGAGGAGAAGAACGGACCAGAGGAGGGGCUGGACUGA